UAUACGGCAGCUGAAGUGCGAUGCAUUGGAUUUAGCGUUAGCCAAAUCGAGCUAGUGACUCAAAAUUCACAGUCUUAUCAUUAGUUAUAGCCGCGAAUCGAGUAAAUCCGUAGUUUUUAAAAUACGUCUGAAGAAAUGCGAAGACGAAAAUUGAUUGAUCCGAAGAAAACAAGCUAAUCAACGGUUUCAUCUGAAGCUUAUUUCAGGAAAAGGUUGUUUCCUACUUCUCCUAGUAGGUUACAGCCCCUGUGGCCUCGGCAGCAUCAUGGUGGACAUUGCUGUAAAGUCUGGAUCUGCUUGGGCCUGUCAUGCUCAGGGACAUCACCUGGCUGAUAUCCUGCUUCCUGUUCACCUCAAGGACAAUCAUGAAGAAGAGCUCAGUCAGUGUAAAGGAGACGAGACAAACUGGGGAAGCCCAGUGCUGUUGGAGCAGACAGAGGAAGGUUCUCCUUGUGUUCUGACGCUCUGCAGUAGCACCUCAUCAGCCAUCAGCCGCCUGCUGGUCGUGAGCGAGGCCCGAACCCUGGAGGUGUACAACCAGAUGGGAGAAUACUGCGGGACAGUACGCGGGGAGAGAGACGACCGCGUCCAGCCAGACAGUCCAGACAGAGGGCCCUUCUACAAGAAAGAGCUGGUCCUGGAGCAGCUGUCCUCAGCCUGUGAGGUGAAGCUGCUCUCCCUGGCCGGUAGAAGCAGUGUUUUGGUGUGUCGAAUCGUCGUGGGCCUUCAGCAGCUCCGGCCCGGCCCGGCCCACGGCCCUGGCAUUGACAUGCAGCAGGUGCAGUGUCUGGUUGAGGAGAUGGGAAUGAACCUCUCACCAGGAGCCCAGAACCUCAUGGACAUGGUGCACUUCCAGCAGAAGAACCAGACCAGCUCUCUGGGCAGCUUCUUUCCUCUCCUGAUGGGUGGAGGAGCUUUGUCUGCCUUAGCAGGUGGAGUCAGCAUUUCCCCAGCAGCCAUCAGAAAGCAGCCCCAGCUUGCAGUGGACUCCGUCAGUCCUGCAGCUGAAGUUCCUCCUGCUCAGAACGGAGUGACGUCAGAGGGCUCGACCUCCUCCUCCCCCUCCAACCUGCCGGCUUCUGGUGUCAACACCGACAACAUAAUGAGCCACGCCCAGCUGGCGGAGAUGAUGUCACACUUCCUGGAAGGGCAGGGACACGAGCAGGCGGCGAGCUCAGGCCCCGAGCUACUGCCCGUGCUCCAGAGCGUCUGUGGCCAGGUGACGAAGCUGAGGCUGGACGAUGCGGCUGCGGUGGCAGAGAAGGAGAAAAAGAUGAGAAAUGGCACAUGGGAGCUGGACUCAGCCAUGGAGCGUCGUCUGGAGGAGAUGGAGAGGAGGCUGAAGGAGCAUGUGGACCGUCGUCUGGACGCUCUGGAGCAGAAGCUGGAGAAGGCCCUCCUCAGCGUCCUGCCGCAGUUCGCUCUUAACCAGGUGGCCACGAGCAGCCCGGCGGGAGCAGCAGCAUCCACAGGACUGUCAGAGCAGAGCGCCGCCACAGCAGCCCUGCACUGAGCUCAGCACAGCUAAAAGACUAAACAUGUAACCUGGAUGCCUUUCUGCCCCUGAUCCUCUUCAAACUAACCUUACUUAGAAGGAAGGAAGGAAGGAAGGAAGGAAGAAAGGAAGGGCAGGAUGCAGACACAGAAACAAAAACAGAAACAGACUCACAACAGCAGAAAAAAGGGAAAUAUGGACAGAAUUAAAACAAUAAUCAUAACAAUCUGAUGAAACAUGAAAUUAUCUAAACUGCAAGUGUCCAUCUGUCAAAGAUGGGACCUUUCUGGUGGUUUUUAUUCUCUUUUAUCUUGGAGAAGAUAGCAGACAAAUGCGAUUCUGUUGGACUGGAGCAGCUUGUGAACAUUAUGCAAGUAAACUACUGAAAUCCCAUAGAUCACUAAAUACACGUCGUGUGACUGCAGUGGAUUGUGGACAUGUGAAAAAGCAGCCUGAAAGACUGAAAUCUCUGACUUUGAAACCAUUUUAACAGAAAGUGAAGUAAUCAUGAGGGUGGCCUGCAGGGAGCCCAGACGCAGGAGAAACAUAAAGAGCAAACUUUAAAUUCCUGCAGUGACGAGCUCUUAUCUAACAUGAUGAUAACACGCAACACCAGCACAACACUCAUUUAAUCACAUGAAAACACUCCCAGGUCUGCCCAGGUUUUAUUCUCACUACAUACUGUAACUGCACUUAUCUGCUCAGACGUGUUGUGGUUAGUCAGGCCUUAACUGGACUGGCUCGUGUGGAAAAGGCUCCUGUUACAGGAGUUUAUACACGAGGUGUAACUGGAUUAAAAAGUGUUUUAAUCUGGCACUGUGAUGUUUUAGAUAAUGUACAUGUCUGUAACAUAAAGCUUAUCUGCCAGCACACACCAUUAAAAUGGCAAUGAUUAAAAUGUGAUGUUAAUGGUUUUAAUACAUAAAGAGCAAUAAAAAUAUAUUUAUACACAUGAA